CUUAGUUUCCCUUUCAUCUCUCUUGUGAUAGUUGGGCACAUCCUAUUCUGUCAGAUAUUUCUCUGAUGUGUCAUUCUGUCUGAUAGUCAAUUAGACAUCACUCUCCAACAUGGGUGCUUCCUUCUACAAACUAACUUUACCUUUAUUGCUUGGGAUUCAACAUGUGUGCUAAGGGCAUGUUUGUAUCCACCCAGACGGAUUAAAGGUCUGUGCUAAGGGCUAAGCCACACCACAACUAGAAAUAGGAAUUUUUUUCCCACCAGUAAAUAAUACAAUCUUGGGGUUCAUUACAGUUUUUUACCUCUUGGGUUAGAAUUCAUGCAUAGAAUUCUAAACUGUUGGGUUGAUUGUUGAUAUUAUAUCAUGCAGCCAUCAAUGCUCUGAUUCCAAAACAUUCUGUCAUCCUGCAGAGUAAUUUAAUAUUUUUAUAAAUUUUUAAUAAUUUUAUUUAUUUACGUUCCAGUCACCCCCCCCCAUGCCCUUCCCCACAGUUCCUCAUCCCAUUCCUCCUCCUCCUUGUCUCCACAAGUGUGCUCCCCCCACCAACCAAGCCUCCCUCUUCCCUGGGGCCUCAAGUCUCUUGAGGAUUAAGCACAUUUUCUCCCACUGGGAAUAUAUAUCUGCUAUAUAUGUGCCAGGGGCCUCGAGUCGGCCCACGUAUGCUCCUGGUUCAGUCUCUGGGAGCUUCCUGGGUAUUUACAAUUUUUUUUUGAUACUUAAAAUUUACUUUCUGUAGACAUUUAUCAAGUGCUUAUUAUAUGAUAGGUGGAGUAUGUUUGAGAUGUUUGAACAAUUUUAGUUUAGGGUAUUUCCAUAGCUCAGGCCAGCUCUGCCUCAGUCUUUGAAGUUCUGAGGUUACAGUCCCUUGCCCCCAAGCCCAGCUUCAUUUUCUUGGCAUUAGUUUGUUGGCAGCUGAAAUAAACCAAGUUGGCCUUGUACUCACAGAGAUCCACCUGCCUCUGCCUCAGGAACGCUGGGAUUAAAGGGAUGCGCCAUCACAGCCCAUGAACCCACAUUCUUACCUCUCAGUAUCAAUUGAUAAGUAUCUUAUUAGAUUUCAUUUUAUUUCAUGGGCAAAAGUAGAAGGCAUGAGUUCCUCUGAAACUGAAUUUACAGGCAGUUGUGAGUUGACAGAUGUGUGAGCUUGGGAAGAGAACUAAGGUUCUCUGGAAGAGCAAUACACACUCUUUAACCUCCUAUCCUCCAGCCCUUUUAUUUAUUUCUGUAAUUAGUUUUUUGCCUUCAAGUUUGAGGUGGGUACCCAAGAUUCAACCUCUGGUUUCAACCAUGCUAUGGAAGCAUUGUAUUACAGAGUGUUUCUGUGUUGUGUGUGUUUCUGUUCUGAGACUGGCCUUGAAUCCAGUCUGUAGCCUUGUCAGAUGCCUGAUUUUCCUGCCUCAGCCUCCCAUGUACUGGGAUUACAGGACCUAGCUAGACUGGUCUCUAAAUUUGGCAGUCUCUUUAUCCCCACCUCCCUUUCAAAAGUAAAUAACAGUUGCGCUUAAAUUUUUUUUUUUAAUCAACUUUUGGAAAAGCGAAAUGGCUCAGCGAGUAAAGGUGCUUGCUUCUAAACCCUAUGAAUUGAGUUCGAUCCCCAGGACCCAUAAGGUGCAAAGGGGCCAUCAACUCUAGCUAAUUGCCCUUUAACUUCCACUCAUGCUCUGUGGGACACAUGUUCUUCUGCCACACUUUUCUUUUAACUAAAUACAUGCAAUUAAAAUUUUUAAAUUAACCUUUUGUAUAAAAAUUCACGGCGAUCCCUAUACUAGCCAUUGCGUGUAGUGGACAGUGCGAACGCACGACUCUAGACGGCAGGUCCAGCUCUGGAAGGCAGGAGUAAGUUCCUAAAAGGAAAACUCCUUCACGUGUGUACUCGGGGGACAAGCCACGGGCCACAAGGACCCGCUGGGCUGCCUUUGUCUCUUCGCUUCCACUCUCUCCUGUCACUCCGGCCUUGCUAGCCAUUCAGAGCAGCCAGACCAGCUGUCCAAUAAAGGGCGCUGCCGAGCGGCGAGAGGCGGGUUUUUCGCCGCCAUGCUCCGGGUUCCCCUUUAAGGCUGAGCGAGGUGCCACUUGAGCCGCGCUUGCGAGCUCCGCUGCCAGGACCUGUGGGGAGAGUGCAGUCGAGAUCGGAAGCCGCGCCAUGGACUUGGUGACCUUUGAGGAUGUGGCUGUGAACUUCACCCAGGAAGAGUGGACUUUGCUGGAUCCUUCUCAGAAGAACCUAUACAUUAAUGUGAUGCUGGAGACCUGCAGUAACCUUGCUUCUGUGGGAAUCAAAUCAGAAUACCAGACCAUUGAAGACCAGUAUAAACAGCCUGGGAAAAAUAUAAGCCGUCAAAUGCUAGGUUUGGUCUGUGAGAAUAAAGAAGGCAAUGCAUUUGGAGAAACCUCCAAGAAAUCAAAUAUCAAUAGAAGUCUAGAGAUUUCUGCUCAAGUGGAACUAUGUGACUGUAGUUUGUUUGUUUUCUCGUCUCAUUCAUCCUGCAAUAGGAACAUCAUAACCCGCUCCGGAUACACUCCAUACGCACUUGAGGACUGUGGGGAGAAGCCAUAUCACUCCAGUUCUCUCACAACAAUUCACAUAUACGUGGGAAUCCACACUGUGAGCGGAGCGUAUGGAUAUGAAGUGUAUUCAAAACCUGUGGGUGCUCCAAGUUCAUGUGGCACUGGUGAGCAAAUUCAGAGUGGAGAGCAGCCCCAUGGAUAUACUAUAAACAAAACAGCCUUUAUUUGCCCCAGCUCAUUUUGCAGCAGCGAAGUAACUGACACUGAAGAAAACCCUUCUGAAUGUAAACCAGGUGGUACAACUCUGAGUCCUUUCAAUUACCCGCCGUUUUGCAGUGGAACUCAUAAUGGAGGAAAGCAUGUUGACUGUACACAGUGUGUAAAGGCUUUCAGAUGUCACAGUUCCCUUCAGAGACAGGAAAGAAUGUGUGCUGAGGAAAAACCCUAUGAAUGUAAACAGUGUGGUAAGUCAUUCGUUUACCCCUAUUUACUUAAAAUGCAUGAAAGGCAUCAUACGGGAGAGAAGCCUUAUAAGUGUAAGACAUGUGGUAAGGCAUUUCUUUGUUCCUCUUUCCUGCAAAGACAUAAAAGAACUCAUACAGGAGAAAAACCCUAUAAAUGUAAGCAGUGUGCUAAGCCCUUUAGACGCCUCAGUAAUCUUCAGGUCCACGAGAGAACUCACAGUGGAGAGAAACCCUAUGAGUGUAGAGAAUGCGGUAAAGCUCUGAGAAGCCACAGUUCCCUUCAAAGACAUAAAAUAGUCCACGCUGGGAAGAAACCCUACGAAUGUAAGCAGUGUGGUAAGUCCUUCAUUUAUCCCUACUUACUUCAAACCCACGAAAGAUCCCAUACUGGAGAGAAGCCCUACAAAUGUCCCCUGUGCAGUAAAGCCUUUCGUUGUUCCUCUUUCCUGCAAAGACAUGAAAGAACUCACACCGGGGGAAAACCCUACGAGUGUAAGCAGUGUGGUAAGGCUUUCAAAGGGCACAGCUCCCUUCGCUUGCAUGCAAGGUCUCACGGCGGGGAGAAGCCAUAUAAAUGUAAUCUAUGUAGUAAAGCUUUCCUGUGCCCCUCUUUCCUCCGAAGACACGAAAGAACUCACACUAGGGAACGGCCCUACGAAUGCAGGAAGUGUAACAAAGCCUUCCGAGGUCAGAGUUCUCUUAAGUUACAUGAACGAUCUCAUACCGGAGAGAAACCCUAUAAAUGUAAGAUCUGUAGUAAAGCCUUUCUAUGCUCCUCCUUCCUCCAAAGACAUGAAAGGAUUCACUGUGAAGAAAAGCCCUAUGUGUGUAAGCAGUCUGGAAAAGACCUUAAAGAUAGAAGUUCCUUUCAAAGACAGAAAGUGUCUCAUGCUGGCGAAAAGCCUUAUGAGUGUAAGCAGUGUGGUAAGUCCUUCGUUUACCCGUGUUUACUUCAAGUUCACGUCAGAACCCACACUGGUGAGAAACCCUAUAGGUGUAAACAGUGUGACAAGGCUUUCAGAAGUCUCAGUUACCUUCGCAUACAUGAAGGAAGUCACACCGAGGAAAAGCCCUAUGAAUGUAAAGAGUGCGGCAAAACCCUCAGCUGCUCCAGCGCCCUGCAGUUACACACACGGACACACACGGGAGAGAAGCCCUAUGUGUGUCAACAGUGUGGGAAAGCCUUCAGGGGAUUCAGUUACCUCCGCGUCCACGAAAGGACCCACACUGAAGCCAAGCCCUACGAGUGCAAGCAGUGUGGGAAAAUUCUCAGCUGCUCGAGUUCCCUUCAACUGCACGAAAGAACCCACACUGGGGAGAAACCUUACUCGUGUAACCAGUGCGGGAAAGCCUUCAGAGGUCUCAGCCGUCUCCGAGUCCACGAGAUAAUUCAUACCGGCGAAAAACCCCACGAAUGUAAACUCUGCGGGAAAGCUUUCCGGUAUCGGAGUUUACUUCGCGUCCACGAAAGGACCCACACCGGUGAAAAACCCUAUGCUUGUAAACAAUGCAGCAAAGCCUUCAAAAGCCUCAGUAACCUGCGGAUACACGAGAAGACUCACAGUGGGUUCUAUGAGUGUAAGCAGUGUGGCAAAACCCUCAGUUCUUCCAACUCCCUCCAAGUACACGAAAGGGUCCACAGUGAAGAAAAAUCGCACGCGUGUAAGCAGUGUGGCAAAACCUUCCGCCGGCUCAGUAAUCUCCAGGUCCAUGAAAAAACUCACGCCGAAGGGAAGCCCUACGAGUGCAAGCAAUGCGCUAAGUCCUUCCUUUAUCAGUAUUUACUCGAAAAGCAUGAAAAGUCUCACACUGCAGAAAAGCCCUAUAAAUGCAUGAUCUGCAGUAAAGCCUUUAUCUGUGCCUCUUUCCUUCAACGGCACGAAAGGAUUCAUAGCGCAGAAAAACCCUAUGAGUGUGUACAGUGUGGCAAAGCGUUCAAAGGCCUCAGUUCCCUUCAGCUACACGAAAGAGCCCACGCUAGAGAAAAGCAUUAUGACUGUACACAGUGUGGUAAAACCUUCAGAUGUCACAGUCUCCUCCAGGCGCAUGAAAGAACCCAUACCGGUGAAAAACCCUUCGUGUGUGCAGAGUGUGGCAAAACCUUCAAAAGUGCGGGUUACCUUCGAAUUCAUGAAAAAACACACAGUGGUUUCUAUGAGUGUAAGCAGUGUGGUAAGAUUCUCAGCUGUUCAAGUUCUCUUCAGUUACACGAAAGAACCCACACCGGCGAAAAACCCUACGAAUGUAAGCAAUGUGGUAAGGCCUUCAGAAGUCAGAGUUCCCUUAGAAGACACGAAAGGAUUCACGCCGGAGAGAAACCCUACGAAUGCAAGCAGUGUGGGAAGUCCUUCAUUUAUCCAUGCUACCUUCAAAUGCACGAGAGAUCUCACACCGGAGAGAAGCUCUAUAAAUGUAAAAUAUGUAGUAAAGCCUUUCUUUAUCCCUGUUUCCUUCAAAUGCACGAAAGAACUCACACCGGCGAAAAACCUUAUAAAUGCAAGCAAUGUGCUAAAGCCUUCCGAAGUCACAGUUCCCUUCAAAUGCAUGAAAAAACGCAUACAGGAGACAGACCCUAUGAAUGCAAGCAGUGCGGGAAAGUCUUGAUAAGUCAUAGUUCUCUUCAGAGGCAUAAAAUAGCUCAUGCCGGGAGGAAACGUUACGAAUGUAAACAGUGUGGUAAGUCCUUUGCGUAUCCAUAUUUACUUCAAACUCAUGAACGAUCUCACACUGGAGAGAAGCCCUAUGAGUGCAAGGACUGCAGGAAAGCCUUUACUUGUCACCGUUCCCUUCAGAGACACAGAAAAACACACACCUGAGGGGAAGGCUCUGUAAAUGCAAACUAGAUUAGACUACCUAGUUCUCUUCAAAUGUGUGAAAGUACUGGGAAAAAGAGCUAAUGAAUGUAAAACAAAUGCUGAAGUUUGUUGUUGUUGUUAUUGCUGUAGUUUGCUAUGGAAAGUUUAGAAGGAUUCAUUUGGGGGAGGGGAACCCUUGAAUUGUGCUAAGACCCUCAGUUCCAUUUGAAGACAUGAAACUACCUGGUGUUAAAACUCAGAAUGUAAUAUGGUAUUUCAUUUCUUAGAUCUACUAAAAAAUACAUAAGCUAAUGAAGGUAGUCACUUGGGAAGUAAAGCUUGUAUUUUAACAAUACUAAAAAUCAUGUGAUAACUCUGAUUAGGGGAUCUUACAAAUCUAUGUGUAUCCUGAGCUUGUUCCCGCCCGCAGAAACACACACAGGACACGCCAGAUUCUUCCGUGGUUAACUUUACUUCAUAACAUAUUGUGGUAGACAAAGAAGGCUCAGAAAGUAUGUGGCUUAAAUACCCUUAAGGCGUGACGUGUCUAAACUAGGACUGGUAGCUACACCCACGAACCUCAUGCACCCUAGGGAUAGGCUAAACGCCCCAGGGGUUGGGCUAGUGCCCUGGGGGAUGGACCGUGCCCGGAAAUGGGCUGGUGACUUUUGGCGGGUUUUUGCUUUUAGCACAUGCGCAUAUAGCUUGUUCUUUGUUUAGGUGGUAUAAGGCACUGCGGAGCCAGCACCAUCUUAAGAUGGUAAAUGUUAUUGCGGCUCUCUACACUAUGUGUGUUGAAAUGUUGAAGCAAAUCAUGCUAAAAGCUUUAUAACAUGAAUAAAAAGCUAUGCAUUUUAUGAAUGUAUGGUGGUUUCCAGUGAUUUGCAUUUGAAGAUAUUCCCAGCUGCCCCUGAUAGAUCAGGCCGGUACUCUUGGGUACUCUGGUUUGCUGCAGCUGAUAGCAAGUUCAGGGCCAGCCCAGACAACUUAGUGAGACCAGUCUCAAUAAAAAAUUGGAAAGAAAACCAAAGCCACUCAUUAAUUGAGCUCUGGUCUCCCAGUGUAAUUUCUAGUCCUAGCAUAAGAGAAAUGAGAAGGCGCCUAGGUGAUGAAUUUCCAUUUCUUUUACAGGAAAACACUGAAGUGAAAGUUUCCUAAGUGUAGACAUGAACUUUAACUGCAGAAAUAGCUGAUGCAGAUUGCUAGACAAUCUCUUAAUUACCAUAGAUGUACCUGAUAGUGUAGCCCACCAUACACUUAUGCUACAUGGUAUCAGUACUCCACUAGUCUGUGGAAUGUCGCUUCAUUGUAUAUUUUAGGCAUGGUACCAACAAAUAUGUAUCAAAAAAACAUUUGGCAUGAAAGUAAAUGCUGUAUCUAUGAAGAGUACUUAUUGUGAGUGGAGUUUUGAGGACUGGAUUUUAUUCAAUCAGAGACUUAGGUGAAUAUAAACUCCUAGGACACAUUAAUCUACUGUAAAGUUUCAAUACUAUAGACUUAGUUUAUUGUAUAUUGAUGUUUUCCUAAAUAUUAAACUAACUUAAAGCUUUAUACAGUGUGUAUAAUUUUAAUACUUUUGAUUUUUGUGAGAACAGUGCUUAAAAUGUAGCCAUUUUAUGAUUGUUUAAAACUAUUUCUUUGUAUGCAUAUUCUAUAUAUAUUUUUGCAUUAUAAAUACGUUUUUAAAAACAUUGUGAAAACCAGCUGUCACUUAGAACAGAGGCAGGAGGGUUGGUAUAGCUUUCAGAUCUAUAUGCACUGAUUCUCAUGUGCUCCCACAUCACUCCCCUACGUUGUAUCGUAUGAUUAACUGCACCUUCCUUUGUUCUGAUCAUAUGACAUUGGCAUUGCAUGUGAUGUCAUCCCAUGCAAUGCCUACUAACAGCUCCUUGAAGCACCUCAGCUCACACACAAGACUUGCUGAAUGUUGCAAACGGAAGUACUUUUACUAAAUAACCAGACUUUUCGGCUCUUAUGGAAAUAAUGAUUUCGUUGUGGGAAACAGACCGUCCUGUUUUUCCAGUGUCAUUCAUCAGCAUGUAAGUACUAGAUUAACUUAUCUUUCCAUUAUACUGUAGAGUUUACCUUUAAAAGUUGCCUGAGUUACUGACUUGUAUUUUAUUGAAAAAGAAUCAUUCAAUAAUUAUUGGGUUUCAAUAAUGAAAAAUAUUUUUAACAACUUAUGAAAUGGUCCUAUCUGUAUUUCUGCCUAGUAUUUUAUGUGAUGUUCUUUAUAUUUUCCAAGUAUAAAGCCAAAGUAUCAACUCUGAAAAACAUUGAUUCCCUGUUCACUGCAUUAUCAAAUACUCAGCCAAGAUUUACUCUUUUAUGUAAAAAUAAGUAUGCCUAUUUUAUUAAUGUACAAGCUUAACUUUCAUAAUAAAUGAUAAAAUUAUCUAGUUACCAAA